AUGCAGGUGCUGCAUGCCAUCAACGGCAUGUUGCACACGCCGAUCGUCCCCGGUGAAAAGACUUUCAAGAAAGGCCAGUCUCUUCAUUACAUCAAUGGAUACGCCACAGAGCGUCCUUUGAAACUCGUUGGAGACAUCUGGGGAGCUGAGCCCGUGACCAAGCGCCAGCAGGAGGCAGCAUUGUCAUCCCCAAAAUGGGACCCCAGCAGCACGCUGCCAAAGUGGGUGGAGAAUGACCGAAAGGUGUUGAGAUUCUACGGGUAUCUCAAGGAGAGCGUCGCAGAAUGCCGACUCGAGAACCAUAGGAUUCGCAAAGUCGUCAUAUACUACUACCUCUCGGACGACACCAUGCAUGUGGCCGAGCCAAAGAAGGACAACAGCGGACUGCCACAGGGCGUCUUCGUGAAGAGGCACAAAAUGACGAAAGAAGAUGGGUCGCCCUUCACUCCCAAAGACUUCGCUUUGGGACAGACGGUGGACGUGUACGGGCGCAAGGUCUUUUUAAUCGACUGCGAUGAUUUUACUCGGGAAUACAUGACCAGCAAGAUGGGAGUUCAGGUCGGAGAGUCUCUACAAUGCACGACGGACCCAAUCGAGGUGUACCAGGCAGCUUACAAAAGGAAAGAAACGGGCAUUCCUCCAAAUCCAAGAACCGACGAUUUGACGCGUUUCCUGGAGGCCAAGCUCGGCAAGCCACCCAACGUGCUGGAGGAAGACCGGCUGCAGCAGUUUCUGGAGAACAACAGGAGGGUGCUUCGAUUUUGGUGUCUGUGGGAUGACCGCACGAGCUUGUACGGCGACCGCCGGCCGUACGUACUGCAUUACUUUCUGGAGGACGACACCGGAGAAAUCCUGGAGGUCAACGAGAACAACUCGGGGCGGGAUCCUUUCCCCAUCUUCCUGAAGAGAGGUCCUCUCAAGAAGGAGCAAGCGGCCUUCAUGUCGGUGACCAACAGGACGUAUAAAGAUCAAUGCUAUUGCCCCGAGGAUUUCCGCCUGGGUUCCUCCGUGCACAUCCAGAACCGGUCAUUCCUCAUACACGACUGCGACGACUUCACCCGGAGGUGGUACAUGGAGAAUCUGGGCCUCCCAGAAGAAGCCCUGCGCUCCCUGGACACCACGGAGCCCAUACCGCCAUGUGCCAAGUCCGCCCUGCCGCCCCACAACGACUACGGCACGCUGGAGGACACGCAGCAGAACUGCCUGAGCCUGUUGCCCAAGCCGCCCAAGAAGAAUUUCCACAAGCUCAUGAACAAGGACAGCAUCGUGCUGCGCUUCCGGGCGCGCAUGCUCGAGACAGAUCGAUUCAAGCUGAGCGUAGCGGACAGGGACCGGAAAUUCAUCAUAUCGUACUUCAUGGCGGACGACACCAUAUCUGUGUACGAGCCGCCUCUGCGCAACUCCGGCAUCAUCGGAGGGAAGUUUCUGGAGCGCAGCCGCAUAUUCAAGCCGUCGUCCGAGGAGGCGUACUCCUGCUGUGACCUGUACUAUGGCGCAACCAUCGUGAUUCACCGCAGGAGCUUCGAGCUGCUGGAGGCGGACGAGUUCACGUACACGUACAUGGAGAACAAUCGGCACGUGUUCGUAAUGGCGGACACCGACGCUCUGAUGAGGAGCCUCCAGAAGCAGGUGAGCGGCAGAGAAGACGAAGUGAGAACAUGCUUCAUUAACGUCGACACAGACGGAACAGGUUGUUUGUCCAUGAGUGAGCUGGAGGCGGCCCUCGAGAAGGCGAACUUCAAAUUCACAAAGCACCAAGCAGUGGCAUUGGGAAGGCGAAUGGACAAGGACAAAAGCGGCCAGAUUGACGUUGAGGAAUUCCUCACCGCGAUUGGGGUGACCGCCGCGGAUGCCCCAGAAAAGUCUGACGCCAAUGAGGUGUCCAAUACAGAGGUGGACAAGUAG